AUGUUACAAUUAUAAUUUUAAAAUUCUUAUUUAAUUUAUUGUUUGUUUUUGGGAAAGUAUAAUAAAUAAUUUACUAUAUUAAUCGUGCUAAAUGGAUUAAAGAUACAUACAUAAAUAAAUAUCAAUCUUUAAUAAAAAUAAAUAACAAUAGCUUAAAGGCUAAAUCAAGUUGAAUAAAUUCAAGAAAAAAAAUAAAUUAAGUCCUCAAUGGUUUAUUGGCUUAUUGCUGAAUAGUUAGGUUAUUUUAAUGUAGAUAGAGUUAAGGUGAUGCAAGAUGCCAAGGAUCACAUUAGCUCUUCACUCAGAUUGAUUUAAUUAGAUAAAUUAUUCCCUACUUUCUCAAAUUUUAUUCUAGAUUCUGCUGGUUAAUAAAUUGGUAACAUAAUUAUAGAAUAUAUUUGCACUCUGAUUCAUACUAUAGUUUUCGCUUACAUCCUCUACUUCACUGCAGCUACAUCCUCCUACUUUUAUUUCUUUGUGUACAAGAAAAAGAAAUAUUUGCCUGAAUUUAAAGGAGAUUUAAAAAUUGCAUUUGAUAUCAAAUGGUCUUGUAUUAACAUUUUUGUUGAAUCAUUUUUAGUAUCUGCAUUAAGAUUAGCUAUGCCCAGAUUCUCUAUGAUCUACUAUGAUAUCAAUGAUCAUAGUUGGCUCUACAUCCCUUUUAGCAUUUUAUUUCAUAUGAUGUUUGAUGAAACCCUAACUUACUGGGUUCAUAGAUGGCUCCACACCUUCCCUUAUUUAUAUACCAAAUUGCAUGUAGUUCAUCAUAGAUCAAAAGAUGUUACACCCUUCUCUGGCUUUGCUUUCCACCCACUUGAUGCUUUUGCCUAAGCUGUCCCCACUUUUGUAAGCUGUUAUUUCUUCCCUCUCCAUAUUAACAUCUUGCUUGGAUUCUCAUUAAUUACCACAAUCUGGGCCAUUUCUAUUCACGAUAAUGUUCCUCUAGUGCCUUGCAAGCUCUUUUUGUACAGUACCCACCAUUCUAUCCACCACGAAGCUGGAAGAGGUUAAAUGACUAACUAUGGUAAAUUUACUUCUGUAUGGGACAGAAUAUGUUAAACUUACUGGGAUCCUGACAGGGUUUAUUUUGGAUGGGAUGAAUGGAAAUAAAGAAAAGGAAUAUUCAGUAAAUUCAAUAGCUUUUAUAGCAAAAUAGUACCUGAUAAAAGCUCAGAAGAACUAAACAAAUAAAUUAAACAAAAAAAGAAUUGA